UCCACCAUCACAGCGCUCUCCCGAGCCAGGCGCGUUUCCGGCCUCCUUAGGUUAGCACUGGCCGUUCCCGACGCCCGGUGCGCCCUUCCAAGUUUAUUCACUUAACAAGCUCUCCUUGGGGGUGGAGGCUUAGUCUUAUCUCUUUGUUUUGGGGGCUCUUCCCUCCACCGUCUGCCAAGUCACAGCCUCACAACUCCAUUUUUCUAAUGUACACUCUGGGGAUAAUGGCUACCAUGCACCGAAUAAAAACUAGGUAGCGGCACAGGCCCGCGAACUGGGCGAGUCGCCUAAGCUUGUCCCCAGGGGGCCACCGUCUCCACCCGACUUCCGGCUUGAUGAGCGCGUCCCCGCUUUCCCGGGGGCGUGGACGGGAGUGGGAGGGAGAGGGUGCACCUAACCAAGGGGUGGCAUCCAUUGGCUGGCCGCAAAAGGGGAGGGGGCAGGCUUCCGCAUGACGUCAUCACGCCUGGGUCAGGACGUUUCCAGUCCCCAACCAGAGCCAGCCGGUGGCCGAGCGCCGUCGCGGUCGUCCUGCAUCCGCCUUGGGUCGCCGGUGACGAGUCCCAGGAGCGAGAGGUCCUGACAGUGAAAAAGCAGUCUGGCUCCCGAGGUUCACUCCUUACACCCCGAGGUCCAGAUGGCGGCCAAUGUGGGUGAUCAGCGCAGCACAGAUUGGUCCUCCCAGUACAGCAUGGUGGCAGGAGGCAGCAGAGAGAAUGGCAUGGAGACCCCCAUGCAUGAGAACCCAGAGUGGGAGAAGGCCCGCCAGGCACUGGCCAGCAUCAGCAAAGCAGGGGCAGCUGGCAGCUCCAAAGCCAGCAGCAGUGGGCCUGUGGCCAGUGCACAAUAUGCAUCUCAGGCAGAAGCUCUGCAGCAGCAGCAGUACUACCAGUGGUACCAGCAAUACAGCUAUGCCUAUCCCUACAGCUACUACUACCCCAUGAGCAUGUACCAGAGCUACGGCUCCCCCUCCCAAUACGGGAUGGCCAGCUCCUAUGGCUCAGCUACAGCCCAGCAGCCAUCGGCUCCCCAGCACCAAGCAACUCUGAACCAGCCCCCAGUCCCUGGCAUGGAUGACAGCAUGGCCUACCAAGCUUCCCCUCAGCAGCUGCCGGCCAGCCAGCCCCCUCAGCCCUCCAACCCCCCUCAUGGGGCACACGGUCUGAGCAAUGGUCCUCAGCCUGGAACAGCCCCAGCCACACAGCACAAUCAGGCGGGGACACCUGCUGGACAGGCCUAUGGACCGCACAGCUACAGUGAGCCUGCCAAGCCCAAGAAGAGCCAGCAACUGUGGACCCGCAUGAAGCCAGCCCCUGGGACUGGAGGCCUCAAGUUCAACAUCCAGAAGCGGCCCUUUGCUGUCACCAACCAGACCUUCAGCUCCAGUGCAGAGGGUCAGCACAGCAGCUUCGGCCCCCAGCCCACCCCUGAGAAAGCCCAGAACCACAGCGGGCCUUCUGCCCGGGGAAACCUGUCUGGGAAGCCAGACGACUGGCCUCAGGAUAUGAAGGAGUAUGUGGAGCGGUGCUUCACAGCCUGCGAGUCAGAAGAGGACAAGGAUCGGACUGAGAAGCUGCUCAAGGAGGUGCUACAGGCCCGGCUCCAGGACGGUUCUGCCUACACCAUUGACUGGAGCCGAGAGCCUCUGCCUGGACAAUCUUGGGCUUGGUCCCUUUCCUGCACCAUGGUAGCUGAGUUGCCGGGGCUGACCAGGGAGCCUGUGGCUGAGAGCCCCAAGAAGAAGCGGUGGGAGGCCCCUAGCAGCCUUCACCCUCCCAGGGGGGCAGGCUCGGUGACCAGGGGCGGGGGUGCCCAAUCCCAGCGAGGGACACCCGGGGCUGGGGGUGCUGGCCGAGCCCGGGGUAGCAGCUUCGCCAAGUUCGGCAACCGCAACGUCUUCAUGAAGGACAACAGCUCUUCCUCCAGCACGGACUCCCGCUCCCGCUCCUCAUCCAGAUCCCCUACCCGCCACUUUCGGAGAAGUGACUCGCACUCAGACUCCGACAGCUCCUACUCAGGGAAUGAGUGUCACCCUGUAGGCCGCAGGAACCCACCCCCCAAGGGCCGGGGUGGUCGAGGGGCCCACAUGGAUCGGGGCCGAGGCAGGGCACAGCGCGGAAAGAGACACGACCUGGCUCCCAGCAAACGCAGCCGCAAGAAGAUGGCUGCACUCGAGUGUGAGGACCCAGAGCGUGAGCUGAAGAAGCAGAAGAGGGCAGCCCGCUUCCAGCACGGGCACUCACGCCGCCUGCGCCUCGAGCCUUUGGUGCUGCAGAUGAGCAACCUGGACAACAGCGGAGCCGACCCUGAUUGGCAGGAGCUGCAGAUUGUGGGCACCUGUCCUGACAUCACCAAGCACUACCUGCGUCUCACCUGUGCCCCUGACCCAUCAACUGUGCGCCCUGUGGCUGUUUUGAAGAAGUCGCUGUGCAUGGUCAAGUCUCACUGGAAGGAGAAGCAGGACUACGCCUUCGCCUGUGAACAGAUGAAGUCCAUUCGGCAGGACCUGACGGUACAAGGUGUCCGCACCGAGUUUACCGUGGAGGUGUAUGAGACCCAUGCCCGCAUUGCCUUGGAGAAGGGUGACCAUGAAGAGUUCAACCAGUGCCAGACACAGCUCAAGUCACUGUACGCGGAGAACUUGCCGGGCAAUGUGGGCGAGUUUACUGCGUACCGAAUCCUCUACUACAUCUUCACCAAGAACUCUGGAGACAUCACCACGGAGCUGGCAUACCUCACAAAGGAGCUGAAGGCGGACCCCUGCGUGUCGCACGCACUGGCCCUGAGAGCAGCCUGGGCCCUGGGCAACUACCACCGCUUCUUCCAGCUCUACUGCCAUGCGCCUUGCAUGUCUGCCUACCUCGUGGACAAGUUUGCAGACCGAGAGCGCAAAGCUGCCCUCAAGGCCAUGAUCAAAACGUAUGUGCCCUGCACUCUGCUGCCUUCUGUGCUGUGGCUCUGCCACACCCCUUUUCUCAUGGUCCGGGCAGCCCUCGGCUCCUGUGGUGGAGUCCCCUCCCUGGUACCCAUGGCUUUCUCCUCAGCCACCGCUGGCUCCGGAUCGCUCUUCGUGUUCCUCCUCCCACCAUUCUUACCUGCCUGCUCCUGGUGUCACGUCCCCCCCUCCCUGUGCUCUUCCUCCUGUUGACAUCAGCCUGGACUGGUUCAUCUUCAGCCCUCUGGGCUCUUGCCCUCCGAGGCCUCUGCCUGCCUCCUGCAGCUCUUUACUGCUCCAAUUCCAGACUUAUAGAGAGGGUGGCCCGCUGGCUUAUGCAGCUUCUGGUCUCAAGAUGAGGCCUGGAGUACCACAGUGUUUAGGAGAGUGGUGGGGACCAGCCACAUGGAGGGUGGUGUCAGAAGGCCCUCUGACUACAAGAGGUUGGGUGAGGCUCACCACGGGUGAGGAAGAGACUCUCCUGUGCCCUGACCUUCGGCUUUGUUGGGGUUGAGAUGCCCCCAGGAGACAUUUUUGGUUGUCACAUGGGGAUGGAUGCUCUUGCCAUCCAGUGAGCGAAAGCCGGGAUGCUCCUCAACAUCAGCUCCACAGCAGGGGCCUGGCCAGCUUGAGUCCCGGGGUCAUGAGGGCCUGGUACACCAGGCAGCCAUUUUCUCAUGAAGAUAGUGCCCUAGGAUGGUAGGACCUGCAUCCUGCAGGUCAGGAAACUUGUUCUGGGGUUCUGCUUUAGUUAGGAUGACUUGGGGAGGGGCCACGGGCAGAAGAGGACAUGGGACAUGGUACCAGACUGGACCAGCUGGGGCGAUGAGUCGCCGCUCUCCAGCUUUGUGUCCGUGGGCGUGUGGUUGGGAAUGUGAACCUUGAGCUGGUCAUCGUCUGCCCAUGGUCCUCCCUGAGGGCUGUGCAGCCACAGGGGCCCUUGUGAGUGGGGCCUGGCCUGCUGCUGACCUCGAUGGUUCUACCCGCACCUUCCGUGUGAACUUGCGCAGCCAUGCUUGGCAGGUGGCAGACCCCGUGCCCUGCCAGGGUCUGGGGACUGGCUUGGGGGACAAGCAGCAGUCAUGUUCGGAGCAGGGUGGGGAGAAGCCUGGGUUAGAGUUUGGUGAGGAUUCCUGAGUGAUGGGUGUGAUGGCCUACAGGCCAGGGUUAGCAGGAGGUGUGGGGCAGCAGGUUCCUGACUAUAUGUAACAUGCACGGUGAGCAGGGCAUCCCAGUAGCAGGCAGGCAGUGACUGCUGAGUGUGACAGGGCUUGUGCUACCCUGCCUGGGUCUGCAGGAGCUCCUGGGGGUACUGUUGGCCCCACCCUCUUGCCCACGUACACUUCCUCUGUCUGGCUGCAGCCCCUCAGCCAGUGCAGGAGCCAAGCUGGGCCCUUCCCCUCCUGCCCCCUCCUUCCUGGACAGGUAAGUGUGGGCAAAGGGGGGCACAUCUGGGCACUGGGGCUGCCAACCCCAUCCCAGGGCCCCUCAAGCCCAUGACGUGGGCGGGUGGGAGGGGCUACACAAGCCAUCAGGUCCUGCUGAGGAAACCAGGGUGCCCGAAUGGGGGGCCCUGCUCCCCACUCGUGGGCCCUCCCCUACCCCCUGGCCUCAGCACUCUCUCCUCUUGUCUCCCUAGCUUCCGCCCUGCGCUGCCAGUCUCCUACCUGCAGGCCGAGCUGGCCUUCGAGGGCGAGGCCGCCUGCCGGGCCUUCCUAGAGCCCCUGGGCCUGGCCUACACGGGCCCCGACAACGCCAGCGUGGACUGCCGCCUCAGCCUGG